AUGUUUAAACUACCAGCAUUUAGCAAAACAGGUGGCCACCGUGUUGCACCAGAUAUGAGCAACGUGGACCCAAGUCCUCGUCAUUUACAAGUCACCAACUGUCCUAAUAACUCAUAUGCAUUGGCCAAUGUGGCAGCUGUCUCCCCAAAGGAUUUCCCUGACAAUAUCUAUAUCCUUGUGGACAAUCUCUUUGUUUUUACUACAAAGCAGGCAAAUGAAGUACCACCUGGUACCAUUGGUUUCAACGGGAAUCAACGUACAUGGGGUGGAUGGUCUUUAAACCAGGAAGUGCAAGUUAGAGCAUUCGAUCUAUUUAAGUAUUCAGGGAAACAAUCAUAUUUAGGGACUUUAGAUCUCGAGAUUUCCUUCAGAUCAAGAGGUAAAGCUGUCAACACACCAUUUGAUCAAGAUGAAUUAGCCUCACAUUUCGUUAAAUGUUUUGAAUCACAAAUUUUCUCACCAACUCAGUAUUUAAUCAUGGAUUUUAAAGGAUUCUUUUUUGAUUUGAAGGUAAGAAAUGUUCAAGCUAUUGAUUUGGGUGACGUUGAACCAAGUAACUCAGUGUCUACUGGUAUCGAAGUCAAAGGUAUUUUAACCAACAAAACACAGAUUAACUUUUUCAAAGGUAGAGAUGGACUUGUUAAUUUAAAGUCAUCCAAUUCCUUGAGGCCUAGAUCUGACGCCGUUAUCAGAUCAGAUUUCAAAUUUGAAGACUUAGGUGUCGGUGGGUUAGAUAAAGAAUUUACCAAGAUUUUUAGAAGGGCAUUCGCAAGUAGAAUUUUUCCACCUGCUGUUAUUGAAAAAUUGGGUAUCUCUCAUGUUAAGGGUUUGCUUUUGUUCGGUCCUCCAGGUACCGGUAAGACUUUGAUUGCCAGGAAGAUUGGUACCAUGUUAAAUGCGAGAGAACCAAAGAUUGUUAAUGGUCCCGAAAUAUUAAGUAAAUAUGUGGGUUCUUCAGAAGAAAAUAUUCGUAAUCUAUUCAAAGAUGCAGAAGCCGAAUAUAAAGCAAAAGGGGAGGAUUCGUCUUUACAUAUUAUUAUUUUCGAUGAGUUGGAUUCUGUGUUUAAGCAAAGAGGUUCAAGAGGUGAUGGUACUGGUGUUGGAGAUAACGUUGUUAAUCAAUUAUUAGCCAAAAUGGAUGGUGUCGAUCAAUUAAAUAAUAUCUUAGUUAUUGGUAUGACCAAUCGUAAGGAUCUGAUCGAUAGUGCGUUAUUACGUCCUGGUAGAUUUGAAGUCCAGGUGGAAAUUCAUUUACCAGAUGAAAAGGGUAGAUUGCAGAUUUUUGAAAUCCAAACCAAAAAAAUGAGAGAAAAUAAUAUGAUGGAUAAGGAUGUCGAUCUGGCUGAAUUAGCUGCACUUUCAAAGAAUUUUUCAGGUGCUGAAAUUGAAGGUUUAGUGAAAAGUGCCAGUUCCUUUGCAAUUAAUAAGACUGUCAAUAUUGGGCAAGGUGCAACUAAGCUAAAUACAAAAGAUAUUACUAAAUUGAGAGUGACGAGAGAGGAUUUUAUGAAUGCUUUGUCAGAAGUUACACCAGCAUUUGGUAUCAAUGAAGAGGACUUAAAGACAUGUGUGGAAGGAGGUAUGAUUAUUUACUCGGAUCGUGUUAACAGUAUUCUAAAGAAUGGUGCACGUUACGUUCGUCAAGUUCGUGAAAGUGACAAGUCAAGAUUAGUUUCUCUAUUGAUACAUGGCCCACCGGGCUCCGGUAAAACUGCAUUGGCAGCAGCAAUUGCGUUGAAAUCACAAUUUCCAUUUAUUAGAUUGAUUUCUCCAAAUGAACUUUCAGGGAUGUCAGAGAAUGCUAAAAUUGCAUAUAUUGACAGCACCUUUAGGGACUCUUAUAAGUCACCAUUGAACAUUCUGGUAAUAGAUUCACUGGAAACCUUAGUAGAUUGGGUUCCGAUUGGUCCAAGAUUUUCUAAUAACAUUUUACAGGUACUUAAAGUAGCUUUAAAGAGGAAGCCACCGCAAGACCGUCGUUUAUUAAUUAUGACGACAACUUCAGCCUACUCAGUGCUUCAACAAAUGGACAUAUUGAGUUGUUUUGACAAUGAAAUAGCAGUUCCAAAUAUGAGUAGUAUCGACGAGUUUAAUAACGUAAUGAUGGAUUCCAAAUUUUUGAAUGAUGCCGAUAGGGUUAAGGUUAUUAAUGAAUUGGCACAAAUCAGUCCCAAAUUCAAUGUUGGCAUUAAGAAGGCACUUACGAAUAUUGAAACUGCAAGACAUGAUGACGAUCCUGUAAGUGAAAUUGUGGAACUAAUGGCUCAAUCCGUUUAA